UGCAAGCGUCUGCUUACGUUGAUCAUAAAAAAUGUCGACAAAAACGUAAACAACGACGUAUUUGUAAAAUACACUAUAAUAAGACUUUUUAUAUGAAUUAUAUGAAUAAUUUUGAAUAUCGGCAUAAUAUUUGAACGAGGAAGAAACAUGGAUGAACUACAGAAAUUGGAGCACCUCUCGUUGGUGUCCAAAGUCUGCACUGAGCUCGAUAACCAUCUCGGCAUGAACGACAAAGAUCUUGCUGAAUUCAUCAUUGAUCUAGCAGAAAAGAACAACACUUUUGAAGCCUUCAAGAAAGCACUGCUUGAAAAUGGUGCAGAAUUUGGGGAAUCUCUGAUAGCCAAUCUUUUAAGAUUGAUACAGAAGAUGAAGCCCAAGCCUCAGAAGAAGGUCACGGCUGAGGUGAAGUCUGCUCAGCAGCUCUCGGAACUCGAGAUGAAGAAAAAACUCUUCCCGGGUCUUGCGCUGCCGAAUGAAGUUAGAGAGAAAUCACCAGAGUUACCUGAGGACAAAGAAAAAGAUAAGAACAUCGCGGACAGCAUGAUGGGGGAGUUAGAAGCUCUGAUGAGCACAGCCAAAUCAAUUGGAUCAGAGAAAGAGAAAACAUCCCGCGACAACAGAAGUAGAAGCAGGUCCCCACGCAAAAAGAAAAAGAGGCGGUCCCGCAGUAGAAGCAGAAGUAGAUCUCGAGAUCGGCGAAGGUCGAGGUCACGUGAUCGCAAAAAGAAAAAGCGCCGUGAUCGGUCGUAUAGUCGUAGCCGGAGUAGAAGUCGUAGUAGAGACAGAGACAGAAACAGAGAAGAGAAAUAUCGUGACAGGGAUGGGAAGCGGGAUAGAAGAGGCGGUGAUCGUGGUCACGACCGAGGUCACGAGAUGCCGGUGGAGGUCGAAGUGGGAAAGAUAUAUGCUGGCCGCGUGAUGACCAUCAUGCAGUUUGGGUGUUUUGUGGCCGUCGAGGGCGUGAGAAAGAAGAGUGAGGGACUAGUUCAUGUCUCUCAGCUUCGCAGUGAAGGAAGGGUAUCUAACGUCUCUGAUGUCGUACAGAAAGGUCAAAAGGUCAAGGUCAAGGUGCUGUCCUACACUGGCAACAAAAUGAGCCUCUCUAUAAAGGAUGUUGACCAAAACACGGGCAGGGAUCUCAACCCCAAACAGACUGCAGCAAUCACGGGCGGAGAAAAGGACAUCGUGAACGAAGCCCGUAAUCCUGACCGCCCAUCUGCCGUACCGCUUGUCACGGUGCCCGAACAAAAUGAGGGAACAGAAAGGAAACGGGUGCAGCGAAUGUCAUCGCCCGAAAAAUGGGAGUGGCAACAGAUGGCAGCUGCGAAUGUGAUCGACAUUACAGAGUUACCGGACUUUGAUGAAGAGACAGGAGUUUUGCCGAGGGAUGAUGAUUCAGAUGAAGAUAUUGAAAUAGAAAUAGUGGAAGAGCAGGCACCCUUCCUGGCUGGACAUGGGAAGGAGUCGCUAGAUCUUAGUCCCAUCAAGAUUGUUAAGAAUCCUGAUGGAUCACUGUCUCAAGCAGCUAUGAUGCAGUCUGCCCUGUCGAAAGAAAGGAGGGAGAUUAAACAACAACAGAGGGAAGCUGAGAUGAACUCUGUGCCCAACACUUCCAAUAAUGAAUGGCAGGACCCUAUGGCGGACGGUGAUAAGAGGUAUGGAUCCCGUGGAGUUGGAUCCCAGCCUGCAGAUCUACCAGAGUGGAAGAAAAGCAUUAUGGGAGGACAGAAGGCAUCAUACGGAAAGAAGGAGAAAAAGUCGAUCCUUGAACAGAGGCAGAGUCUACCUAUAUUUAAGCUCAAAGAUGAACUGACCAAGGCUGUCCAUGACAACCAAGUGUUAGUUGUAAUUGGAGAAACUGGUUCAGGGAAGACAACUCAAAUCACGCAAUAUCUCGCAGAGGCUGGUUACACAACACGUGGGAAAAUUGGUUGUACGCAACCUCGUCGUGUGGCGGCCAUGUCGGUGGCAAAACGUGUGUCAGAAGAAUAUGGUUGUAGACUUGGUCAGGAGGUUGGUUACACAAUGCGUUUCGAGGAUUGUACAAGCCCAGAGACAAAGAUUAAGUACAUGACGGAGGGUAUGUUACUGCGUGAGUGUCUCGUGGACCGGGAUAUGAUGCAGUAUUCCAUUAUCAUGUUGGACGAGGCUCACGAACGGACGGUGCAUACGGACGUUCUGUUUGGGCUGCUUAAAGAUGCAGUGAAGAAGAGAAAGGAUCUAAAGCUUAUCGUCACCUCUGCGACGCUGGAUGCCGUCAAAUUCUCACAGUACUUCUUCGAAUCGCCAAUCUUCACAAUUCCUGGCCGGACAUAUCCAGUGGAAAUUCUCUACACCAAGGAAGCAGAGACAGACUACUUGGAUGCAUCGCUUAUCACUGUUAUGCAGAUUCACCUGAUGGAACCGCCAGGGGACAUCCUACUGUUUUUAACUGGUCAAGAAGAGAUCGAUACAGCCUGCGAGAUUCUUUAUGAGAGGAUGAAGGCGCUCGGUCCAGAGGUUCCUGAGCUUAUAAUUCUGCCAGUGUACAGUGCCCUGCCUAGUGAAAUGCAGACAAGGAUUUUUGAUCCAGCCCCACCUGGCUCUAGAAAGGUGGUGAUAGCCACCAACAUAGCUGAGACGUCCCUCACGAUAGAUGGUAUCUACUACGUGGUGGAUCCAGGCUUUGUGAAACAGAAGGUUUACAACUCUAAAACGGGGAUGGAUCAGCUGAUUGUGACUCCAAUCUCACAGGCUCAAGCUAAGCAGCGUGCAGGCCGCGCCGGUAGAACUGGGCCAGGAAAAUGUUACCGCCUCUAUACAGAGAGGGCGUACAGAGAUGAAAUGUUGCCCACUGCAGUUCCAGAAAUACAGAGAACCAACUUGGCCAGUACUGUGCUCUCACUCAAAGCUAUGGGCAUCAAUGACCUGCUGACGUUUGACUUUAUGGACGCCCCUCCCAUGCAAACGCUUGUGUCGGCCAUGGAACAACUGCACGCUCUCAGUGCACUAGAUGACGAAGGGCUUCUUACAAGACUGGGCAGAAGGAUGGCAGAAUUCCCCCUAGAGCCGAUGUUGUCCAAGAUGUUGAUUAUGUCUGUGCAUGUGGGCUGUUCAGACGACAUUCUUACCAUCGUUUCCAUGUUGUCAGUACAAAAUGUCUUCUACAGACCAAAGGACAAACAAGAUUUGGCAGACCAGCGUAAGGCCAAGUUUCACCAGAUUGAGGGUGACCAUGUCACUCUGUUGGCCGUGUACAACGCCUGGAAAAACAAUAAGUUCUCUAGUCCAUGGUGCUUCGAAAACUUUGUGCAAGUACGUACGCUGAAACGAGCGCAGGACGUGAGGAAACAGAUGCUCGGAAUUAUGGACCGACACAAGUUAGAUGUCGUGUCAGCAGGGAAGGCCACCUCCAAGGUACAAAAGGCAAUCUGCAGUGGGUUUUUCCGAAAUGCGGCCAAGAAAGAUCCCCAGGAAGGCUAUAGGACUUUGGUCGAUGGACAAGUGGUGUACAUUCAUCCAUCAAGUGCAUUGUUUAAUAGGCAACCAGAGUGGGUGAUUUACCAUGAACUUGUGCUAACCACAAAAGAGUACAUGCGAGAAGUGACCGCCAUGGAUCCCAAGUGGCUGGUGGAAUUUGCGCCCAAAUUCUUCCGAUUCUCCGACCCAACAAGGCUCAGCAAACAGAAGAAACAACAGAAGAUUGAACCUCUUUAUAACAAAUAUGAUGAUCCGAACUCUUGGAGAAUUUCUCGUGCUUUCAGGAAGUUCCAUACGAAAGUUACUUUUUGAUGUGUGUUACUGUGUGUUUUCUGUGAUUAGAUUUGGAAGGCUGAUUAUAUUAUAUGAGAUUGUGAUCAGUUUAUCAUAAUACUGUCAAAAUGUGGAUAAAGAUAGAUGGUCAAAGUGUGGAAAAUGUUAAAUGGUCAUGAUGAAGUAAAUGGUAGAUGGUCAUCGUGCAGAAAAUGUUAAUUGGUCAGGAUGUAGUAAAUGAUAAAUGGUCAAAGUGUGGAAAAUGUUAAAUGUCAGGAUGAAGUAAAUGAUAGAUGGACAAAGUGUAGAAAAUAUAAAAAUUGUCAGGAUGUACUCUAUGCAGAUGGUCAGAAUGUGGACAAUUGUAUAUAAAUAUAUAUUGUAUAAUUGGUAUUGCACAGGACAUUCCAUUCGUGCAAGAAACUGUUACAUAUGAGAGAAAAUAGCUAUAUGCUAUACAUUUGUAUUUUGAAACAAGCACCAGUAUAUCAAUUUUAAAAUGAACAUUCUUAUUAAAGAUAUGAACCUAAGUAAAAAAAAGUCAUUGAAAUGAUAGCUCAAUGUAACACUUGAUAAGCUAUUAUUGUACUUGGCUGUCCAUCGUGAUUAGAUCAUUGUUUCAAUACAUGUAAGUUACGGUAUCUCAUGUGCAAUUAAGUUUGUGAUUUUAUCAACCAGUUGGCAACAAUGCUCAAUUUGGAUGCUUGGGUUCUGUUUCAUUAAAGUAUAAUAGUUGUAACUUUAAAAAUCUUAAAUUCGUAAAAACAUCACAAAUGGCAGCACAUUGCCUUUUUUAUUUCCUCAAAUUUGUAAUCAUUUUUUUCUGCCUAAAGUUUUAAUCACACAAAUAAAUAGCAUCUUAAUGCUAUGACACUAAGAUGUUUUCAAUUUACGACUUAAAUCGACUAUAGUUUUAAUUGAAACGUUGCACUGGAGAUGAUGGUAUCAUUUGAAUAAGUAUUGUUUGCCAAUUACAUAUAUGUAACAUAAAUGAGAUGAUUAUGCUAUAGCUAAAAGGAAUUGCAAUUUGUGUUUGUGUUCUACAUUUCAAUUGAAUGAAAAAUGACAUAUUUUUAAAGACGAAAAUGCUUGUUAUGUGUUUUGAAAUAUCUGUAUGACCUUUUCUUCCAUUACUCAUCAAACCAUUUCAAAUGAUACCAAAAUAAUACGGGGUCACUAGUUGUAAAAAAAUCACAUUAACCUUAAAGCUGCACUCUCACAGAUUGAAUGUUUUGACAACUUUUUUAUUUUUUGUCUUGGAACAAGCAAUAUUUUGUGAAAAUCCAUAGGAACCAGUUAUAUAAGACUGCCGACAAAAAAUCAGAUCACAGUUUUUUAUAUUUAAGUACAAAAAAUGAUGUUUUAUGUAUUUUGUUGAACUGUUAGUUACGGUUUAAGCCAUAACUCAUUAAUUUUCGAAUGGAAAUAUGAAAAUCUACAAUCAGAUUUUUUGUCAGCAAUUUUUUAUUAUUGGUUUGCAGAUAUUUACACAAAAAUUUGCCCUUUCUAAGACAAAAAAUAAAAAGUUGUAAAAAUGGUUUAUCUGUGAGAGUGCAGCUUUAAGCUUAUAGCUUCCUGUUGGAUGAUUAUAAUUAUUUUGUUAAAUUUAUUGACAGAUUGUAUGUUUUUAUGAUCUUGACCAAUCAUUGACCUUCAAAAUUGACAUGUGAGGACACUUAUGCUAAAAAAUAAAGAAACUCAAUCA